UGACUCCCGAGCGCCUCCGGCCUCCGAAUCACGAAGCAGGGGCAAAACAGUCAUUCGCCCUCCUAAUCCCUGCUCUAAUCACUGGCCUGCACCAGGCCCUCCCUCCCCAACCCGUUCCCGGCGGCUUACGACAGCGGAGCGAAAACAUCCUCCAUCUCACUUUCCCCAACUCCCCGCAGAAACCCCCGAAGCCGCCCCCUCCCUGCGCGCCCGGAUCCCCAGGCGAGGUGAGGAAGGGUUGGCUCCCUCCGCGACCCGGUCGACCGAGCCGUGGAUGGUGCGCAGCUGCCGCCGGUGACACCCGAUCAUGGACGCGCGGCGCCUCGCGGUCGUGCCGCAGCUAGAUAUCGAGCAGAUACUGAAGGAGGCUCAACAUCGUUGGUUGCGCCCUGCUGAAAUAUGUGAAAUACUUAAAAAUUACAGAAACUUCCAUAUUGCUCCAGAACCACCAAACAGACCUCCAAGUGGCUCACUUUUUUUAUUUGAUCGGAAAGUAUUGAGAUACUUCAGGAAGGAUGGCCAUAAUUGGAGGAAGAAAAACGAUCAAAAGACUGUGAAAGAAGCCCAUGAAAGGCUGAAAUCUGGAAGUAUUGAUGUGCUUCACUGUUACUAUGCUCAUGGAGAAGAGAAUAUAAACUUCCAAAGGAGGACUUACUGGAUGUUGGAAGAGGAUUUUAUGCACAUCGUACUUGUACAUUAUCUUGAGACCAAGGGUGGGAAGUCGUCUCGUGCUAGGGUAAAUAAUAACAUGAUUCAAGAAGCUGUUGUGGAUAGUCCUUCAAGUCAGUUACCUUCACAAACUAUAGAGGGUGAAAGCUCACUUAGUGGACAGGCCUCAGAAUACGAGGAGGCAGAAUCAGCAGAUACUUAUUCAGGAGGAGCCGGAUACCACUCUUUCACUUGGAUGCAGCAGCAUGAAAAUGGAAUUGGACCCGUGAUAGAUUCUUCUGUUUUGAGCUCUUUCACUCCUUCAUCCAUAGGCGAUUGUCAGGGACUUCAAUCUAUGGCACAUAAUACAAGCAUCUAUUCCAGUAGUCAAGAUAAUUCUCCUGUGGUUUUCAAUGAUUCAAGUCCCGUGCUUGCAACAAAUGGGUGUGCAAGUCAAACUGAUUUUCCAUCGUGGAAUGAGGUGUUAAAAAUGGAUAAUGGGCCUGUUCAAAUGCCUUCUCACCAAUUUCCUGUUCCUCCCGAGCAAGGUACUUCUACAGAAGGCUUGGGAGUUGACUAUUUGACAUUUGAUGAAGUAUAUUCAGAUGGGCUCAGUCUCAAUGAUGUUUGUUCAGCAGGUGCUGAUGGAGAGUCAUUUUGGCAGUUCUCUAGUGCUACUGGUGAUUUGUCAGCAAUGGAGAAUAGCUUCCCGCAGAAUGAUGGUUCUCUGGAGGCCGCCAUUGGUUAUCCAUUUUUGAAUAGUCAGUCAUCCAAUCUAUCUGAUAUCCUAAAAGACGGCUUUAAGAAAACAGACAGUUUUACAAGAUGGAUGAGCAAAGAGCUUCCUGAAGUGGAGGAUUCUCAAAUUCAAUCUAGUUCUGGGGUGUACUGGAACACUGAAGAGGCGGACAGUAUCAUUGAAGCAUCAAGCCACGAGCCACUGGAUCAGUUUACUGUGUCCCCAAUGCUCUCGCAGGACCAGCUAUUUAGUAUAGUUGAUUUUGCUCCUAGCUGGACAUAUGUGGGCUCAAAGACUAAGAUCAUAGUUGCCGGUAGAAUCCUAAAUAAUAGUCAAGUCACCGAGAGAUGCAAGUGGUCAUGUAUGUUUGGAGAAGUUGAAGUUCCAGCAGAGGUGUUAGCAAAUGGGGCUCUCCUCUGUUAUUCACCCCCACAUAAACCUGGUAGAGUCCCUUUCUAUAUCACCUGCUCCAACAGGUUGGCCUGCAGUGAAGUGCGAGAGUUUGAAUUCCGACCAAGUGAUUCCCAGUACAUGGAUGCUCCUAGUCCACAUGGUGCAACAAACAAAGUUUAUUUCCUGAUACGCCUUGAUAAACUGUUGUCCUUGGGAUCAGAUGAGUACCAGACAACUAUAUCUAACCCCAGUCCGGAGAUGAUUGACUUGAGCAAGAAGAUAGGUUCACUGAUGACGAACAAUGAUGAGUGGUCCAAGUUACUAAAGUUGGCUGAUGAUAAUGAGCUUGCUACUGAUGAUCAGAAGGAUCAGUUCACUGAGAACUUAAUUAAGGAAAAAUUGCAUGUCUGGCUUCUCAAUAAAGUAGGUGUGGGUGGUAAGGGACCCAGUGUUUUGGAUGAUGAAGGACAGGGCGUGCUUCACUUAGCAGCUGCACUUGGAUAUGAUUGGGCUAUAAGGCCAACAGUUACUGCUGGCGUGAAUAUAAAUUUCAGAGAUGUUCAUGGGUGGACUGCACUCCAUUGGGCUGCCUUUUGUGGCAGAGAGCGGACUGUAGUUGCGCUGAUUGCACUGGGAGCAGCUCCUGGAGCUUUGACAGAUCCAACACCUGAUUUCCCCUCGGCAAGUACACCAGCAGAUCUUGCAUCUGCUAAUGGACAUAAAGGAAUCUCUGGUUUCCUUGCAGAGUCUUCUCUGACGAGUCAUCUGCAAGCCCUCAAUCUUAAGGAAGCCAAUAUGUCUGAAAUAUCCGGUCUACCUGGUAUUGGAGAUGUUACCGAGAGAAGUGCACUGCAGCCUGCAAAUGGAGAUUCAUUAGGUGCUGUUCGAAAUGCUGCUCAAGCUGCUGCUCGUAUAUAUCAAGUUUUCAGGGUGCAAUCAUUCCAGAGAAAGCAAGCAGCUCAAUAUGAGGAUGAUAAAGGUGGAAUAUCGGAUGAGCGUGCCCUUUCACUCCUUUCUGUCAAGCCAUCCAAGCCAGGGCAGGAUCCCCUGCAUGCUGCUGCGACUCGUAUACAAAAUAAGUUCAGGGGGUGGAGGGGGAGAAAAGAAUUUCUUCUUAUUAGACAACGAAUUGUCAAGAUCCAGGCUCAUGUGCGAGGCCACCAAGUGAGGAAGCAUUAUCGGAAAAUAGUUUGGUCUGUUGGGAUAGUGGAGAAAGUUAUACUGCGUUGGAGGCGAAGAGGGGCUGGGUUACGUGGGUUUCGGUCUACAGAAGGUGCAACAGAGGGCAGCAAUGGUGGACCAAGCAGCAGUUUGAUCCCAGAUAAAACUGCUGGGGAUGAUUAUGAUUUCUUGCAAGAAGGACGAAAGCAGACUGAAGAAAGGCUGCAGAGAGCUCUUGCCAGAGUGAAGUCCAUGGUUCAGUACCCAGAAGCAAGAGACCAAUACCAAAGGAUUCUGACAGUUGUGUCAAAAAUGCAGGAGCCUCAGGCUAUGCAAGAAAAGAUGCUCGAGGAGUCGACAGAUAUGGACGAAGGCUAUUUCAUGAGUGAAUUCAAGGAGCUGUGGGACGACGAUACACCUGUCCCAGUGCUUCUGAAUUGAUGGUACACAUGGUGAUGACCCAAAGUAGCAUUGCUGAAGCAUGAUCCGAUAUGCUUGGAUUUGGGAUUUAGUUAUGGUAUUUCUUGUUUAUUAUGACACAGCGUUAUGUACAGUAGAAUCUUAUGUACCUCUGAAGGAGCCAUGUAUUUACAGUGUGUAACUGGUGUAAGAGUUCAACAUAGGGAUAUUAUCGAAUGAAUUGACGGUUGCGUGCGUGCAGAGGUUAGGAGUUUGAGAGGGUUUAGCUAUUAUGACUUGAAAGUUCCAGAUUGCGAUUUGUCUAGUUUCUUUGGUAUGCUUGA